UUUUUUCCUUGUGUGCUGAUCCUCAGAUCCAUUGUAAUACACCGAGAAUCAUCCACUUUUUUGCGAUAAUGAUCCGGAAAUUUUAAUCAACAAGCGUGUCCGAAGGCCAGUCGAGUUGGGAAAGUCUAUUAUCGGGAUCCCGUCAAUAACUCAAAUCAGAGAUGUAGCCUCUGUCUAUACCUGUCCUCAGACAUUUAAGGCCCACCAUGCUGCUCUAUCUGCUGCUGGUCUUUCAAGCCAAUGCCAAUGCCCAGAUCGACCCAGCACACUGCCGCUACCCUCUUGGCAUGGAGGAUGGCAGGAUCAAAGACCAUGACAUCACCGCCUCCAGCCAAUGGUACGAGACCACUGGGCCACAAUAUGCCAGGUUGAACCGGGAGGAGGGCGACGGGGCGUGGUGCCCAGCGGGGCUCCUACAGCCCUCUGACACCCAGUACCUGCAGGUGGACCUGGGCCAGCUCACCUUCCUGACAGUGGUGGGAACACAGGGCCGCUAUGCCCGGAACUCGGGGAAAGAAUUCGCCCGCAUGUACCGCCUGAACUACAGCCACGACGGCCAGCUCUGGAGAUCCUGGAAGAAUCGCCUUGGCAAUAAGACGAUGGAGGCGAAUGACAACGCCUAUGUCUCUGUGAUCAAAGACCUUCACCCGCCCAUCAUCAGCCGCUACAUCCGCCUUAUCCCAGUCACCAAGAUGGCCACCACGGUGUGUAUGAGACUGGAGCUGUACGGCUGCCCCUGGCACGACGGCCUGACGUCAUACAGCUCUCCUGAAGGUCAGCUGAUGAUGCCUCCUGGGUAUCCCAUUGCCAGCCUCAACGACUCCACAUACGACGGCGCCCACGAACGAAGGAAACUGUCUGGGGGGUUGGGUCAGCUGACGGACGGUGUGACUGGUCAAGAUGACUUCCUGGUGACGCGGCAGUACCAUGUAUGGCCUGGAUACGACUAUGUGGGCUGGAGGAACGGGAGUCUGGGCUCUGGCUAUGUGGAGAUGGAGUUUGUCUUUGACAAGCAAAGGAACUUCACCUCCAUGAAGGUGCACAGUAACAAUAUGUUCCACCGCGGAGUGAAGAUCUUCUCCUCCGUGUCCUGCUCUUUCAAGCCUCGUCUCAUUGCUAACUGGGAGACCGAGCCGGUGGAGUUCCGUACGGUGCUGGACGACCGCAACCCCAGCGCUCGCUAUGUGACCGUGCCUCUGGGACGCCGUAAUGCCAAGGCCCUGCGCUGCCGCUUCCACUUUGCUGAUGUGUGGAUGAUGUUCAGCGAAAUCUCCUUCCAGUCAGCAGACACCGUGAUUCCUACUCAGAUAACCCUGGCGGUGACAUCCCCUUGGCCCAAAGAGGAGAGCUCCAUGCCCACCACCCACAAGACUGUGACAAAACCAUCAGUCAAGCCCCAACCGGAUGAUGGGAACACCCCUAUUCUGAUUGGCUGUCUGGUGACGAUCAUCCUGUUGCUCGUAGUGAUCAUCUUCCUGAUCUUGUGGUGCCAGUAUGUGUGCAAGGUGCUGGAGAAGGCUCCACGCCGUAUCCUCGAGGAGGAGGUCACCGUGCGCCUGUCCUCCAGUAGUGACACCAUCAUUCUGCAGACCCCUCCCGUGCCCCCCCGGGUCUCUCAGAUGGACCACCCAUACGAGCGCGUCUUUCUCCUGGACCCUCAGUACCAAGACCCAGCCGGCCUCAGGAACAAGCUGCCUGAACUGUCUCGGAGUGCAGAGACCUCAGCGUGUGGUGGGGGCUAUGCGGAGCCCGAUGUCACCCAGUGCACGCCCCACCAGUGCUUCCAGAGCAGCGUGCCGCACUACGCCGAGACGGACAUCGUAAGCCUGCAGGGUGUAACCGGCAGUAACAUGUACGCCGUGCCCGCGCUCACCGUCGACUCGCUCACCCGCAAGGACAUCUCCGUGGCAGAGUUCCCCCGUCACGGGCUACUCUUCAGGGAGAAGUUGGGGGAGGGGCAGUUUGGGGAGGUCCACCUGUGUGAGGCUGAGGGUCUGCCUGAGUUUCUGGGGGAGGGCGCCCCCCUUCCCGACCGGGACGGACGGCCUGUACUGGUGGCGGUGAAGCAACUGAGGGCAGACGCCACCAACAAUGCCAGGAAUGACUUCCUGAAGGAGAUCAAGAUCAUGUCGAGGCUCAACGACCCCAACAUCAUCCAGUUGCUGUGUGUGUGUGUGAGCUCAGACCCACUGUGCAUGGUGACUGAGUACAUGGACAACGGAGACCUCAACAUGUUUCUGUCACAGAGAGAAAUGGAGAGCAGCCUGACCCACGCCAACAACAUCCCCGCAGUCAGCUUGUCAGAUCUCCUGCACAUGUCAGUGCAGAUCUCGUCCGGCAUGCGCUACCUGGCCUCUCUGAACUUUGUGCACCGAGACCUGGCCACACGCAACUGCCUGCUGGACCGCAGACUCACCAUCAAGAUAGCAGACUUCGGCAUGAGCAGAAACCUGUACAGCAGUGACUACUACCGCAUUCAGGGACGAGCUGUGCUGCCCAUCCGCUGGAUGGCCUGGGAGAGCAUUCUACUGGGCAAGUUCACCACGGCCAGCGAUGUGUGGGCCUUUGGCGUCACCCUGUGGGAGAUCUUCACUCUGUGUAAAGAGCAGCCUUACAGCCUACUGUCAGACGAACAAGUCAUCGAAAACACUGGCGAGUUCUUCCGAAACCAGGGCAGACAGAUCUUUCUAUACGCCCCACUGCUCUGUCCUCCCUCUCUAUUUGAGCUGAUGAUGCGUUGUUGGGACCGCGACAUCGCCGAUCGACCCACCUUCGAGGGGCUGUACCAGGCCUUACGACCACACGUGGUCCAGUGAACUUUGAACCCUGGCACAACCAACGGGCUGUCCUGAGUGAGAGGUCUAUUUAGCCUGAAUUCUCUUCUCUUAACCCCUCUGACUGACAGACAGAUGGACAGACGGACAGACAGAGAGACAGACAGGCAGACAGACAUACAGACAGCGGGGAGGACUGGAAGAGGAUGCAGCGAUGUUGUCAUUUUAAGAGAGCAGGAAGUGGGUUGAGGUUAUCACUUCCAGAAUGUGGACCAUUUCUUUCAUAUUUCACAUUCUUCAGUGAUGGACCUUAAUCAUUUGAAAUCCAUGAAAAAAAGCUUUCACCCUUUUUGUCUGUUGAUGGUUUGCGUAAAUUGAAUUCUGUUCAUCCAUCUUUAUCCAGUAUGUUGUGUUUCACAUGUUGAUUUUGUAUGGUAGGCCUACCACAGAAAACAUGACGUCCCUAAUACCUGGCCUAGUAAGAAAUCGACAACUGGACAAAUGCUUUUGUCUUGAGGUUCUGUGGGUUUUUGUUGUGUAAAGCACUGCUGCCUGGUUGUCUUCCAUUUAUCCAUUGUUCCUUUUAUUAACCCCACACUGGACUAUGGUCAUGUUGAUUUGUUUGACUCAGAUUUUAUUGAUCUUUUUGAAUAUGAAUGUUAUAUAGGGCAGUUUGGAUAAGGCCUUUGGCUGAAGCAGAACUACUGUCAUAGCUAGAAUAGGACCCGAACCCUCUGACCCUAACCCUCUGACCCUGACCCUCCAACUCUGACCCUAACCCUCUGACCCUGACCCUCUAACUCUAACCCACUAACUCUAACCCUCUGACCCUAACCCUCUGACCCCAAGCCUCUGACCCUAACCUUCUGACCCUCUAACCCUAACCCUCUGAUCCUAACCCUCUGACCCUAACCCUCUGACCCUAUCCCUCUGACCAUACGCCUCUGACCCUAUCCCUAACCCUCUGACCCUAACCCUCUGACCCUAACCCUCUGACCCUAACCCUAACCCUCUUACCCUAACCCUCUGACCCUAACCCUCUGACCCUCUAACCCUAACCCUCUGAUCCUAACUCCCUGAUCCUAACCCUCUGACCCUAACCCUCUGACCAUACGCCUCUGACCCUAACCCUGACCCUCUGACCCUAACCCUCUGACCCCAAGCCUCUGACCCUAACCCUCUGACCCUCUAACCCUAACCCUAACCCCCUGACCUUAACCCUCUGACCCUAACCCUCUGACCAUACGCCUCUGACCCUAACUCUAACCCUCUGACCCUAACCCUCUGAUCCUAAACCUCUGAUCCUAACCCCCUAACCCUCUGACCCUAACUCUAACCCUCUGACCCUAACUCUCUGACCCUAACCCUGCUUUAGAGAGGGUUGGGGAGCCACAAUGGACUGAUGAUGAGGAAUAGAAAGCACUGUCCCCUUGGAGAUGUCUAACGCAAGGCACUGUUCCCUUGGAGAUGUCUAAUGCAAACUGUGCAGCCUUAUCAGAUAGCAAUAAAGCUAGUUAGCAUUAUUAGAUGUCAUUAGCUAUCCCCUACAGAGAUUCAUUGAGUAGCUGGAGGCUGGGUUAGCGUUGGUCCAGGGGCGUUUGUGUGCGUUCCAGUGGAGGAACACGCACUGACGGUGACGUGGACCAGAGCUAGAAGCUGGACAACGGUGACGUGGACCAGAGCUAGAAGCUGGACAACACUCUUUACGAGUAGUAGUUGCUGUGGCCAAGCUUCUGACCAUACAGUAGUUUGCAUGUUGCUGUGACCAAGCCUCUGAUCACACAGUAGUUAGCAUGUUGCUGUGGCCAAGCCUCUGAUCACACAGUAGUUAGCAUGUUGCUGUGGCCAAGCCUCUGAUCACACAGUAGCUAGCAUGUUGCUGUGACCAAGCCUCUGAUCACACAGUAGUUAGCAUGUUGCUGUGACCAAGCCUCUGACCAAACAGCUGUUGUGUUCCCAGCUCCGCCUUCAGAUGAAUUGAGCCAUAGCAAUAGAAUUACUGCUGUACAUCCCUGUUCUAGGGAACGGGGAAGCUACUGCUGUACUUCCCUUCGCCUGUUCUAGUACACAUAUUUCUAUGAUUGUAGCUGGCUUGCAUAGAAUUCAUUCUGAGUUGCAGGGGAUUGAAAUGAAGGUUAACCUUAAUUGUGGUUGUAAAUAUAACUGAAAAGCGAUCUCUGUGUAGAUGUCACAUGUCCAUUGGGAGAUCAAUCGAUAUUGUCAUGUUAGUGUAAAACUUUUAAAAAGCCAAGUUUUACUUUUUUUGUUAUUUCAAAACAUUAUGCCCCCCCUAUUUUAAGUACAUUUAUUUGUAUUGCUGCAUCCUCUGUUGCCACAAUAUCUGAGUGAAUGAACAGGCAUCAAGUGUUUAAAAGUGGCUGACACCAAAGAUCUCAACAUUGAAAUCAGCUUCUGACAUUUCUUGUGUUGUCAUUGUUAAGGUUAUUAACAUUAAUGUCAAUGUGUUGUGUUGUUCACCUGUACUGUAUCUGAUGCUUCACGGUGUGUCUGUGUCUGCUGGGAGGAGGGGCUCUGCUGGGAGGAGGGGCUCUGCCGGGAGGAGGGGCUCUGCAGGGAGGAGGGGCUCUGCUGAGAGGAGGGGCUCUGCCAGGAGGAGGGCUCUGCCGGGAGGAGGGGCUCUGCUGGGAGGAGGGGCUCUGCUGGGAGGAGGGGCUCUGCUGGGAGGAGGGGCUCUGCUGAGAGGAGGGCUCUGCUGGGAGGAGGGGCUCUGCUGGGAGGAGGGGCUCUGCUGGGAGGAGGGGCUCUGCUGAGAGGUGGGGCUCUGCUGGGAGGAGGGCUCUGCCGGGAGGAGGGGCUCUGCUGGGAGGAGGGGCUCUGCUGGGAGGAGGGGCUCUGCUGAGAGGAGGGCUCUGCCGGGAGGAGGGGCUCUGCUGAGAGGAGGGCUCUGCUGGGAGGAGGGGCUCUGCUGAGAGGAGGGGCUCUGCUGAGAGGAGGGCUCUGCUGAGAGGAGGGGCUCUGCUGAGAGGAGGGCUCUGCUGGGAGGAGGGCUCUGCUGAGAGGAGGGGCUCUGCUGAGAGGAGGGGCUCUGCCGGGAGGAGGGGCUCUGCAGGGAGGAGGGGCUCUGCUGAGAGGAGGGCUCUGCUGGGAGGAGGGGCUCUGCUGGGAGGAGGGGCUCUGCUGGGAGGAGGGGCUCUGCUGGGAGGAGGGGCUCUGCUGAGAGGAGGGCUCUGCUGGGAGGAGGGGCUCUGCAGGGAGGAGGGGCUCUGCUGGGAGGAGGGGCUCUGCUGGGAGGAGGGGCUCUGCUGGGAGGUAGGGGCUCUGCUGAGAGGUGGGGCUCUGCUGAGAGGAGGGGCUCUGCUGGGAGGAGGGGCUCUGCUGGAUCUGUUAUGUGUAUGUUUUACAUUCCAGGGAGCACUGGGGGAAGUGGUUCAACUUGAUGUGUGUUUAGAUGCCCUGUUGUUGGGCAGUACAAUCUGCAACGCAUGGAGAGGGGAGGGAGGGAUGAAGGGGGAGAGAGGGAUGUAAGGAAACCACUAAACUCAAUAUCCCAGAGGUCUUUGCUGAAGUGAGCCUGUGUUAGCUCAUGUUCAUUGGUAAAGAUGAAUCCCUUAAUGCUGGUCCAGACAGAGUAAAUCAUGUUUUUUUGUUUUCCAUUGGUUGUGAUUGGAUAGAAGAAAGCUGAUUAUUGACCCGAGCUCUGUAACACUUCCUCUCCGGAGUGGCUUUCUCCACUUUUUUGGUUGCCAUGGAAGCACAACUGUGGUAAAGGGGUAAAGGAGAUUUUGAGGGAAAGGUUGGUUUGAGCGUGUGUGCAUGUGGCAGUGUGCUAGACGCAGAGUCUCUGUACAGCGUGUUUGUACGAGUGUGAAAACCCAAAAGGGUUUGGUGUUUGAAUUCAUAACGGGUGGUAAUGACUGGUUGGUUUGGUGUUUGAAUGCAUAACGGGUGGUAAUGACUGGUUGGUUUGGUGUUUGAAUUCA